CGAUCGCCAUUGUUGUUUUGGCGUCUUUUUGUUAUAAAAUUUUAAUCCGUUCCAAUCUCUAUUUUUCUAAUAUUUCAUUGAGUUUUGGUGUUAAUAAGUAAAACAGAAACAUUUAUAAUGUCGAUCGGUGUACCUAUUAAAGUGCUCCAUGAAGCCGAAGGGCAUUUAGUUACAUUGGAAACAAAUACCGGCGAAGUCUACCGCGGAAAGCUAAUCGAAGCCGAGGAUAACAUGAAUUGCCAAAUGACUUUGGUAACAGUAACAUACAGGGACGGCCGAGUAGCACAACUAGAGAAUGUUUACAUUAGGGGGUCUAAAAUUCGUUUCCUCAUACUACCGGAUAUGUUGAAGAAUGCCCCUAUGUUCAAACGUCAAGGGAAUAAACCGUCCGCAGGACGCGGUAAAAGCGCUAUAUUACGAGCUCAGGCUGCUGGUCGGGGCAGAGGGGGUGGGAGAGGUGGAGGUCAUCGUGGCGGCUGGCAAGGUGGCUCCGGACCCUCUCGGAGAUAAACUGUGAUUUAGGUUUAUACUAUUGAAAAGCAGAACUUGUGGUAUUGUUGGCAUUGGUUAGGAUUAGCUUAAUUUGGAAAUAGAGGCAUUAUGUUAAUAAUCAAAAGUUAUAAGAACAAUUUUUGUUUUUAUAAUGCCAAAGCCAAGAAAAUAGGCAAUGAUCUAUGAAAGUACAUGGUAAUGUAUGAAAAUUCUUGCAACUGUUUCUGAAAAAUAUUAUAAAUAUUGUGUUAUAACAUUAUGGCAGUGCUGAGUAGCAAAUCCCACAAGUUUUGUUUUCAUUCGAGUGUAUUAUAUUGAAAUAAGUCACACCCUGAAUAUGUGUGUAUGGACGGGGAAUGUUUAGUCUGUGUGUAAUUUCCUACAAUAAACUUACUAAUGCUAAA